AUGGCGGCGGAGCAACCAGCGGCGGGAAAGAAGACGGCGUGUGUUAUUGGCGGCACCGGCUUUGUGGCGGCAACGCUGGUGAAGCUCUUGCUGGAGAGGGGCUAUGCCGUCAAUACCACGGUGAGAGACCCAGACAAUCGCAAGAAGAUCUCUCACCUCCUAUCCUUACAGAGUCUGGGAAACUUGAAAAUCUUUCGAGCAAACCUAACCGACGAGCAGAGCUUUGAUGCCCCCAUAGCUGGCUGUGACUUCGUCUUUCAUGUUGCAACUCCUGUCAACUUUGCUUCUCAAGAUCCAGAGAAUGACAUGAUAAAGCCAGCAAUCCAAGGUGUAGUUAAUGUUCUGAAAGCUUGUGCGAAAGCAGGCACGGUUAAACGUGUCAUCGUGACAUCGUCAGCAGCUGCUGUAACGAUUAAUCAGCUGGAGGGGACCGGUCUGGGGUACCCUGCAUCAAAGACACUAGCUGAGAAGGAAGCUUGGAGAUUUGCUGAAGAAAACAACAUCGAUCUCAUCACUGUCAUCCCUACUCUCAUGGCUGGUCCUUCUAUUACCGCAGAAGUUCCAAGUAGUAUUCAGCUAGCCAUGUCCUUGAUCACAGGGAAUGACUUCCUCAUAAAUGGCUUGAAGGGGAUGCAGACGCUUUCAGGUUCUAUCUCCAUCACCCAUGUGGAAGAUGUUUGCCGUGCCCAGAUUUUUGUGGCUGAGAAGGAAUCAGCCUCUGGGCGAUACCUCUGCUGCGCAGUGAAUACCAGUGUUCCCGAGCUGGCUAAGUUCCUCAACAAGAGAUACCCAGAUUACAAUGUCCCUACCGAUUUUGGGGAUUUUCCAGCCAAGGCCAAGUUGAUCAUCUCAUCAGAUAAAUUAAUCAAGGAAGGAUUCAGUUUCAAGUAUGGGAUUGAAGAGAUCUAUGACCAGUCUGUGGCCUAUUUCAAGGAGAAGGGGCUUUUGCAGAAGUGA